AUGUUCUGGACAAAUAAGCUGGAAAAAAGACCAGAGCCGAUUAGCGAGAAGCUUAAUAGGGAUUAUAAGCCAACUAUUUAUUUGAACUUUGUUUAUUGGAUUCCAGCUUCAGUCAUUUUAUAUUGCUUUGUCCCAUUACAGGUUAGAGCACUAUUUACAUCUGUUCUAACAUUUUCAUGGGAUACAUUCAUGUCGUAUGCUGCUCACAACAAUUUGAACCAAAGGAUUUCUAAUAUGAUUGGGUCUAAGUAA